ACAAUAUUUCUCCAUAAAACACGGUUCGUGGCCGCCGCUCUCCAUCCUCGGUUGCGCCCGAUGCUCGCCAAGUCACGCUCCACCUGGUCCGCCCAUCGUGCUCUCUGCGCUCCACGCCUUCUUGUGCCAACCGGAUCAGUUGCAAACACCAGCUUUGCAGGGUUGUUGUCCGGCAUUCUUGCAACAUGCCCUGCCCACCGUAUCCUUCCGGCUUUGGCCACCUUCUGGAUGCUGGGUUCGCCGUAAAGUGCAGCGAGCUCGUAGUUCAUUCUUCUCCGCCACACACCGUUCUCUUGCACACCGCCGAAGAUCGUCCUUAGCACGCGUCGCUCGAAAACUCCGAGUGCUUGCAGGUCCUCCUCGAGCAUGGUCCAUGUCUCGUGCCCGUAGAGGAUCACCGGUCUUAUUAGCGUUUUGUACAUGGUGCAUUUGGUGCGUGUGCAAAGACCUAAAUAUUCCCACGCCUUCCGAUAUUCAAAGUCAAUUCAACUGAAACAAAAAUGCAUUUUCACCCCACAUUCCCAACAGCUGCCCGGGGGAUUUUAGAUUCAAUUUUCAUCGUAGGGUCUACCUACCUCACGCGCGGCAUAUUGGAAGCAACAAAAAUCGCACCAUUCGUUAUUGACUUAGUUUUUAUAACCCAUCAUCGUCCGGUGGUGGCCGGGUGCGAUCGUGUUGCAACGCGUUAGGUCCGGUCGGUGUGAUGCAAUUUCAAUUACGCUUGGGACAACGAUGGGUAAUAAACCCGAAAGAAUGAUAUGGAACCGCGACAUCAUAUUGAUCGCGCUGGAACAAAGAUUGUUUAUUUUUGUUUCGAAAUCAAGGCGCCGAAUUGGCCGGCUAAGGUUCUGAACUCAGGUGAACCUUAGCUGGAAUGUUCUGAAAUUGAGACACCGUAUUGGCGGCAUACGGCGCCGGACUUGUUUUGCACUCGAUUUGUUUUGACUUCGAGUAAAAGAAUGUGGAGUACAAUUUCAACCAACAUCCGUGGCCGGGACCCGGCUAGGGUUCAUUGUGCACAAGCAAGGGUACAUUUGAAUAACAAGGCGGUUGCUUUGUUUUGAAGAAUUUGGUGCCAAAUUCCAAAGACGAUGAGGAUGAUGAUGGUGACGAUGAUGAUGAUGGGGAGAAUGAUAAUGACGUCGAUGGUGGGGUUCAAUUCUUUCACACACCCAAGCCUUGUAUACGCUCAAGUGAGGCGGGGCUAGAAGAUGUAGGCCUUUGUGUAAAGAUUCUCAGUAGGUUUUGUGCGAACACGCCCAAGUCGGGCGUGGUUAGGAGAUUUAAGUUUUUCGUUGGCAUUAAUAUUCUUGGUAGGGCUUGGGAUACGCCCAAGAUAGAAGAGUCGUGAUGUUUUCAAGAAGAGAAGGAUUUUAAUCACGAUGAGGACAAGUAGGAUAGGUAGAGGUCUAGGUUUUGGACUUAUUAGUAUUUUCAUUUGGUAGGGUUUUUGGAUACGCCCAAGUUGGUUCGGGCAUUGUUAGGAAUUAUCAUGACAUCUUCGGCAAGACGAGAAUGAUCGUAGGAAUUUUAGACACGCCCAAGCUGGUUCGGGUAUUGCUAGGAAAUUUUGGCUAUAAAUACGGAGGCUUUGGCUUCAGUCGGGGCCAGUUGUCGAGAGUUCGGUGACAACGUUAACGCAGGCAGCACAUCGGAUAAGUCUUGAGCUCCCAUGUGGGACACCUCUAGAUACUGUCCUAAGGCUGCAGGUAGGACUUAGUAGUGGUCAAGAAGAAGGUAGAAAUGUUUCUAGAUUGUUAAAUUUAGUAGUUCGGUGAAGAAAUACAGAAAGGUGAUAUAAGAAAAAGUGAAUCGUUGUAAUAUAAGUUAAGUGAUGGUUUGUGAUACUUCAAUAUAGUUUAUUAAAAAGAUAUAGUCGGACUGUUAUGAAAUGAAAGAUAUCACAUUCCGUGUUGUGUUUAAUGCAGCCCCUGGACGGUACAGGGCGCUUCAUAUGGUGACAGCGAAAAACUGUUCGACAAUUAGAACAGCGGGACGUCAAUUUUCUGACUGGAAGAAGAAAUCAGUGUCAAAAUCAGUGCAAACCAUAAACAUUGAACAGUUUUGAACAAUUGAGAAGAAAACAAUGUUACAGACUGGAUGGAAAAGAUGAAAUUCGUGGCAGCGCAAGUGAUAGUGGAAUACAACGUAGCACGGAAUUGGAAAUGGCAACGCAACAACCUGUGUAUGGAACCGAGAGUCUGGACCAAUGGACAUCAUUCAGCCUGCAUUAUUUGAUGGUAUCGUGAGUAUUAACCUUUUUAAUGAUUAAGUGUUUUGAGAUGGUUUAAAUUUUUGUGAGUUGGUUUGAAAUGAUGAAAAAUUUUUACGAUAUAAACAAAAACAUUUUAAUUGAAAUACUGUUGUGGGAAAAAAUAAAGAAGUUAUUCAAAAAAAUUAUAAAAAAAGGAAAUCAUAGUGAUUUUCAAUAAAUAAUGGAAAAAUAUAACAAUAAUAAUGAUUUCAAGAAGAACAAGUGAAUGAAAAAUACGAACAAAUAACACUAGUUAACAAAAUUAAAGGAAAGUCGCGGACUUCUGUUAACGAUUAAAAUUAUUGAUGCAUAAUUACGUGCUUAUUUUGAGACCGUGUUUAGAACAAGGAAACUAAGAAGUACAGUUUUUUUUUUCAAUUAUACAAGACAAUCGCAACCAAGUUUUUUUUUUGAAUUUACUAAAAUUUAAAUAUCUCAAGUUACAAUUCACAAAUUUUCAAUAUUUUUUUGCAAUAAUAGGAAGCUGAAUGUAAUAUGUUUUGAACAUCUGAUUUUUUUUUUCGUCAGAUUGGAUAUUGAUAAGUGUAAGGAACAAUCGUCUUAAAUUUUAGCAAAAUAUUCAAUAAAUCAAGAUUUGUAUUUUUCUUUCAAAAAAAAAAAAUCUUUAUCAGUUGUAGCAAUGUUGAUUCAAAAUCGCCAGCUUUGUACGGGAUAUCGGAAAUAUUUCCAGCUCUACUGUAUUUUUUUUCCCUUAUGCUUUCGAACUUAGGGCAUAAUUUUACACUAAACAUGAUUUUCAGAUGUAAACUAGCAUUACAAUGGAAUGGAAUCAAUCAAAAGUUGAAAAAAAAUAAUAAUUUUGUACUAUGCAGCAGACCGGCGAUAAUAAGGUCGUGUUAAUUUGAAUUAAAAAAAAAAAUCAGUAAAAAUAUCAACAUAAAAAUGGCCACGAAUACAAUGGAUGAAAUAGGCAACAAUAGUGGAGCGAACAACGCUAGAUUUGAAUUUCCAAUAAAUUUUGCUAUACAGUGUAUUCCAGAAUUUCAUGGUAGUGCAUGUGAAUUAGAUGCUUUCAUAUAUCAAAUAAAUUGUUUUUUGAAACCCAUAAAACGGAUAACUGAUGCUAGGGAAAGGAAAAAUGCAGAAACCGUACUCAUUCAAAUUGCACUGUCUAAACUUAAAGGCCCAGCAGCGUUAAAAUUUAAAAACAUUCUUGCAAAUACUUGGGAUAAAGUGAAAGAUAAUCUCCAAAAAGAAUUCGGAAUUAGUUUACAAUUGGAAGAACUGUUUAAUAAAAUAGAGACCCUUGAACAAGGCAAGUGUGAAAGUUUUAAAAACUACAAAGAUCGCGUUCUUCAACUUAAGAGGAAUAUUGAUGAAUUCGAAAAAGAUUAUAUUAAAGAUCCUACAAUUGAGUCAUACGCUCAAAGACAUUUAAGAAUACAUUUUCUAGCGGGAUUGGAAGAUAUAAAUUUGAAAAUUUUUGCAAAAACGAAAAAAGAAGACUCAUUGGAAGAUUUGGUAGAUUACCUACAAGAAGAAUGCAUCGAUGUGGAACAACAAGAACGCAUCGAGCAGAGAUUGAGGGAUUCCCACACUGCAGAAUUUUACAGGCAACAAAAUGAAAAACAGAAAUUCAGUAAUCCACAAUGUAUUGAUCACAACUUCCAUUACGAUAAAAGUAGAUUCAACCAGAGCGAAAUAGGUUAUGAAAAAGAUUUUAACAAUUAUAGAUAUCUAGGACAACAAGAAAUUUAUCGUGGUGAUUACCAGAUGCCUUAUUGGACCAACAGAAAUUUUGAUGAACGCAACAUGGGAAUUCAAAACAAUAACAUUUGCUAUGAUGAGCGAAAAAACUAAAUAACCGGAGGUUCGUUAAUUGCGUCCGAUCACUCCGUCAAUCAGAAAAUAAUUUAGAAAGGCGCUUAUAUGCUGCAAGUAAUAAGAAAAUGAUGCCCAUGAACAUAAAUAAGAGUUAUAACAUACCACAAAAACAAAUGGUUCAAUUUGAUAAAUGCAUUCCAGCACAAGAAAAAGUAUUUAUACAUUGGACGGGCAAUAAUCAAUUUAUGUUAAAUAUGCCCACUGUAGAAAGACCAUACACAAAAAUCAAUUACAUGAUAGACACAGGCUCACAACUAAACAUAUUAAGAUGGGAUGCAGCCCCUAGAAUCGGAGCAACAGACAUAGAUUAUUCUGAAUCUGAAAAGUUUUUGAUUUCGGGAUUCAAUGGAAGUCAAACAAGAACGCUCGGAUCUACUGAAGUUAGUUUAAUAAUUGGGAAGUCCAAGUAUAAGAUAAAAUUUUAUUUAGUUCACCACUUAAAUGUACAUGGUAUCAUAGGAGCAGAAUUUUUGAAACAGCAUACAUUAUAUAUUAGCCAGAACUUUGAUUACAUAGCCCUACGCAAACCAGAUAGUGUAGAAUAUAAUAUUAACAAUAUUACAACAACAAAGUACGUAAUGGUAUCAGAUAAAUCUUGUCAGACUGAUCUACAAGAUAAUAGUAAUUGUAUACAAUAUGAUAACAAUGACAAAAGCUGUCAAGUAAAUUUUGAUAUUGAUGAAGUCAUACAUGAUGAAAUAGUUACACAGCCAAUCGUACCGAAAAAAGAUUAUUCAUGCAAUAUGUGCCUUUAUGAGAAGUAUUAUGAGGACGAGGAAUGUAUAAAUCAACAUUUUGAUGAAGAAUAUUAUAAUAAUGGAUGUUACAAUAAGAAUGUAGAGGCCGGGAAUCAAUAUACGCCGGAGGAUUUAGAUUCAAACCAAGAUCUAAGUUUGACAGAUAAUUUGAAUUAUGAACAAAUACAAGGUAAAAAUCGUAUCGAAAAAUUGCUAGAUACAAUUGAUUUGAAGCAUUUGAAAAGCGCCAAUUACGACGCAGUGGAAAAUAUAAUGGCAAGGUAUAGUGAUGUAUUUUAUUUGAAAGGGGAUCACCUGACAGUAACAGAUGCAGCAGUACAUGAAAUUGAAACAUCGACUAAUGUUCCAAUAAAUAAAAGGCAGUAUAGGUUCCCUGAAUCAACGAAGAAACAAAUUAAUGAGGAAGUUGAAGAAAUGCGUCGUCAAGGGAUUAUUAGGCCCAGUAAAAGUCCUUGGAAUGCGCCUGUUUUAUGCAUACCAAAGAAAGAUCUAGACGAAGAAGGAAACAAAAAGCAUAGAAUUGUAGUAGAUUUUAGGGCAUUGAAUUUGAUAACUAAACCAUUUGUGUAUCCGAUUCCACAAAUAAAUGAAAUAUUGGAUAGCCUAGGUGAUAGCAAAUACUUUUCAACAAUCGAUCUAAAAUCGGGAUUUUAUCAAGUUCCUAUAGACCCAAGAGAUGCUGCAAAAACUGCAUUUUCUACACCCAAAGGUCAUUUUGAAUUCACGAGAAUGCCUAUGGGGCUUAGAAACAGUCCCUCGACUUUUCAAAGACUGAUGAACACAGUUUUAUUUGAAAUUGAAGAUGUUAAAGCAAUCGUUUAUUUGGAUGAUAUCAUUGUUUUUGGAAGAACAAUUCAAGAGCAUAACGAGAAUCUGAUUAAAGUUUUGAAAGCUCUUCGUAAACAUAAUUUAAAAAUAGAACCAACAAAAUGCCAAAUUUUGAAAACCGAAUUAAAUUUUUUAGGACAUACAGUUGAUAAAAAUGGUAUUCGUCCGCUUGAUGGUAAUAUUAAGGCUAUACGAGAAAUGCCAAUUCCAAAAACUGUAAAAGGAGUGCGAUCAUUCCUAGGAACAGUUAACUUUUAUGGUAAGUUUAUACCAGGAAUUGCAGAAAAACGAAAACCUCUGAAUGAUCUAUUGAAGAAAAAUGUAAAAUUUAACUGGACCUCAGAGUGUCAGAAAGCAUUUGAAGAAUUGAAAAACUUUUUAACGUCUGACUCUUUGCUAGUGAGACCAAAUUACAAGGACACAUUUGUUUUAACGAUAGAUGCCAGUGAAUACGCUAUUGGGGCAGUUUUAUCGAAUGAAAAAUCAAUUGACAGACCCAUAGCUUACGCUAGUAGGGGACUUAUUGGAGCAGAACGAAAAUAUCAUACAAUUGAGAAAGAAUUACUGGCCAUAGUAUGGGCAGUGAAUUAUUUCCGUCAUUAUAUUUACAAUCAGAGAUUUAUUGUUUACACAGAUCAUAGACCAUUGAUCUCAAUAUGGCAUCUAAAAGAAACUUCAUCAGUCCUCACACGUUUGCGUUUGAAAUUGCAAGGAUUGGAAUGCGAUAUUCGAUACAAACAAGGAAAGGAUAACGUUGUAGCGGAUUUUCUCUCUAGGUUAAAUCCAGACAAUGAAUCAGAAGAGCAAAGUCAUCCAGCCGAUGAAAUUAAAACCGCAAAGUCGAAAUUAAUUGCUGUGGUCACACGACAGCAAAAGAAAUUAGCAGAACAAGAAAACGUAUCCAACCCAAAGCACCGCGACCGCGAUCUUCCAAACAAACAGCUGAUGGAAAAAGACACCGUUCCGUGCCGCAGUAACGGGAGCGCGAUCGCUGACCGGGACCAUGAAAGCGAGGGAACCAAAACAAAAACGCAAAAGAUGACCUAUAUGAAUGAUAGCGUAAAUAAUAAUUGCACGGGUUCUGACCUACGAGCAUGCCUACGCGGCAUAAACAAGGUGUCAAAUUCACCUCCAGCAAGUACGAGUGCGAUAUCGGACGAGGCUGAAGUUGAAGAAUCCAUUAUGGCCGACGUUUUGGAUUUA